AUGGAAGAUCAAUUAAUAUGGUAUUAUGUUGACACAAGUGAAUAAGAGCCAGAGAAAUAAACUAAAGGACCUAUAUCAAUAAGGGAUAUUGAUGUUAUGUUAAGAACUAGUAUUAUAACUUCAUGUAAAUUAUGAUCUAAACCAUAUAGAUACUUAUGUUUUUAAAGAAGGAUUCACUGAAUGGAAACCAAUUUUUUAAGUUGAAGAAUUAAAAUUCUUUUUAGAUGAAUAAGAACAUGAGAUGGUUUAAAUUACAUGUGGUAAAGAAAUAAAAACAGAGGAUUAAUAACCAUAAAAAAUAUAAUAAUAGGAUGAAAAAGAAAAAGAAGAGGUAGUUGAAUAAUUAGAAGAUGAUGAAUCAUUUGAAUAAUUGAAUGAUGAAUAGAGAAUGGAAAUUUUAAAGAAGAAAAUAGAAAAGAAUAGGAAGAAAUCAUAAAAAGAAAAAGAAAAAAAAAAGAAUUAAUGGUACACUCCAAAAAUAAAUACAAAUGUGUAUGUUGAAGGUUUACCAUAAGAUAUAACUAUGGAAGAGAUGAAGGUGUUUUUUAGUAAAGCAGGAAUUAUUAGAAUCAAUCCAGAAACUCUAUAACCUACAAUUAAAAUAUAUAGAGAUUAAAAUGGAAAUUGUAAAGGUGAUGGGUUGAUAUCAUAUAAAAUGGUUGAAAGUGUGUAAACAGCAAAAGAAAUGUUAGAUGGACUUCAUAUUAGACCAGAUGUUAUUGUUAAAGUAACAGAAGCAGUAUUUGAAUAAAAGGGAUAAUAUCGUAAAAGAGAAAAUAAGAAAAUAGAUAAACUUUAAAAGGCAUUAGCCAGAUAAAAAGAAAUGACUUAAAUGGCAGAAGAAGGAUAAGAAGAUGAUGGAAAAGGGUUAAAGAUCUUAAUAUUUAAAAAUUUAUAUAGUCCUACAUAAGCAUAAAAUCCAGAAUUUAUGAACUAAUUAUAUGGUGAAUUAUUAUUGAAAAUAGAAGCUCUAUAAAUAUAUGUAUAAAAAUUAGAGUUCUUUAAAGAACAUCCAUAAGGUAUUAUUUAUAAUUAAAUUGAGGUGUGGCUAAGGUUAAAUUUCAUUCUGCAUAUGAUGCUGAAGUCUGUUUAACUAAUUUAAAUGGAAUAGAAUUCAAUCAAAGAAAAAUACAUAUUUAAUAUUGGGAUGGCAAAGAAAAUUUCAAAUCAAGUAUUGAGAGUAAAGAAGUUGAGGAAUAAAGACUAGAUGAAUUUGGUUAAUGGUUAGAGGAAUAGGAGGAUAGUGAUAAAGAAGAUAAAAAUGAUAAAAUUGAAUGAGUG